AGAAGAAGAAGAGGAAAGAAAAACACGUGUUUCCUGUUUCCCCCUCCAGUCGCGUAUGAAGGAACCAGCUUUGUAAAUAAGUUGGAUUUAAGCAAAGGGUGUAAAAAUGGUUCGUAAAUUAAAGUAUCAUGAACAGAAGCUGCUGAAGAAAGUGGACUUUAUCAACUGGGAGGUGGACAACAACCUGCACGAGGUCAAAGUGUUGCGGAAGUAUCGCAUCGAGAAGAGGGAGGACUACACCAAGUACAACAAGUUGAGCCGUAACAUCAGAGAUCUGGCCCAGAAAAUCAGAGACCUGGACGAGAGAGACGGCUUCAGAGCUCAGAGCACACAUCGACUCUUGGAGAAACUGUACAGCAUCGGCCUCACCCCCACCAAACAGAACCUCUCCCUCACAGAGAAAGUCACAGCUUCUUCAUUCUGCAGGAGGAGGCUGCCCAGCAUUAUGCUGAACCUCCGUAUGGCCCAGAACCUGAAGACAGCCAUCACCUUCAUUGAACAAGGACAUGUGCGUGUUGGCCCAGACAUCGUCACAGACCCAGCAUUUCUAGUCACAAGAAAUAUGGAAGAUUUUGUAACUUGGGUGGACUCCUCCAAGAUCAAGCAGCAUGUCAUGAAUUAUAAUGAUGAGAGAGACGACUUUGAUCUGGUGGCGUAAGUCUGGUGGCAAACGUCCAUUUGUCACCCUGGAAGACAGGAAAGAGACGAGAACUCUGCUCUUUUAACUGUGGCAUGAAUAACUCUACAACCCAGUCUGAGUCUCCUGUCAGCUUGGAAAUUAUGGAGAGGGAAUAAGUGCUCCCGUCUCCUCAGGAGCCAUUACUCAUUUCAGCAAGGACAAAACGAAUGGACUACAAGACCAUACAUCAUUCACUGAACUCCUCUAUUGAUGUCAUCGAAAUCUGCAACUGAUAUCUGAUAAAUUGACAAUUGAUCAUCCCUCCAAUCAUCCAACAUGUCUCUGAGUCUGGAAGUGACACGAUUAAUCUGAGUCUGUGUUGGUGCCUGUCGCUAUCACCUUUUGACUCUUUACUCUAAACCUGAGCAGACACCAGUGGCACAGGGGUGCAGAGCCUCAGGUGUUUGUCAGUGGAGCCGCUCCCAACAUUGGCUGUCAUCACACCGGUUAUACAGAGCAGCUCCCAGAGAUGUGUAGGUGUGACUGUUGUUUGUGUGAACAUGAGCUGCCAGGGUUAGUGUGUGUGACCAGGGAAAUGCUGGUUUACAAUGCUGUUCAUGAUAUUAAAAUAACUUGUGUCAUACAUACAAAUGUAAAAUAGAAGCUGGCAAUUUGAUAAAUAUUUAAUCUUUUCAGUAAGACUUUGUUACAGUGUAAACUUUGAACAAUAAACAUUUUUUUUUAAUCACAAUAUUAAGACUUUCCACCGUUAACCUCUAUACUAAUGUGUAAACAUCAGUUUGGCAACACCCUCUCUUAAUAUUCCAGUAAAGAGAGUUACAUGAACUCACCAUAAAGCAUUUGCUUCCAUACAUAGAAGUCCCAUCACAGACCAGUGGCUCAGUUUAUACUGUAUGUGUAGCAUCAGUCAAAGCUGAAAAAAAA